AUGGCUGGAUAUCAAUGGGGACGCACAGGCUCCAAGGGAAAUUUUGCAGAGCAGCAGGCCUCUGCACAGUUAGAAACUGGUCUUCCAGUUAAAAGACCAAGGCGAUCUUUCUUGCCAGCCCCUCGAACAAUAUCAUUGCCGUCAUCAUCAUCAUCAACAACAACGACAACAACCCUCAUUGCAUCAUCAGAUGUUGCAUCUCUUCUUAUUGGAGACAGAGUCAAUGUACAAGGCUAUAAUAGUGGUAUUUUAAAGUUUAAGGGAAAGACUAAAUUUGCUAAAGGUGAAUGGUGUGGUAUUGCAUUAGAUGAGCCUGUGGGAAAACACAAUGGUAAAGUUGGUGGAGUCCAGUAUUUCACUUGUGAACCAAAACAUGGUAUACUUGUGCUUAGUUACAAGGUGUCACACUUAAAAAAGGACAGUAGUUCUGGAGCAGGUGCUGCAUUGUCGUCAUCUUUAGAUAUCCUUCCUUCUUUAACUCAGCAAAACAACAAAAAACCUCACAGUAAAAUUCCACCACCCAAAGAAACAAGUAAACUGAUUACUUCUACUGGCAUUCCAAAAUUUGGGAGACUUUCUCAGUCAUAUGGUGCUGCUUGCAAUGUUACUGCUGUAAAAGAAAAAGGAAAAAGUGAUACAAGUUCUUCAAGGUUUGGAAAAACUGCUGAAAGUAAAACACAUUCGACCUCAGCGUGGUCUGACAAAGCAACUACAAUAUCAGAAAAUACAGUUAAGAAAAAUCAAAAAUCCUUACCUGCAAUACAAGAGAGAAAAUCAAUUACUCCUCAAAGUAAGCCAGAUUUAGAUAGAACUUAUUCAUUAGAAAAUGAUGACACUAAAAUAAAAAAUCUUCCUGUUAUUCAAGAAGAUUUGAAUAGCACUUAUGAGCUGCCUCCAGAUGAAAAGGAUACAAAUGUAACUCAGAUUUUAGAAGAUUCUUUUAAUCAAGGAGCAACAAAUAGUGACAACACUGUGCUGAAUACUACUGUAGACAUCAAGGAUUCCACAUUUUCUUGUAAUAAUACCACAUUCUCUAAGACUUGUAAUAGUACUAGCUUUGAUACAGAUUGUAAUAGUUUAACGCAAGAAGAACAGUUUGACAAGACUCUGGAUUUGACAGACAUAUCACACACAGACAGUGGUGGGAACAAACCACAGGUAUUUGCAGAAACUCCUCUUACUUUUAUGGGCGAAAAAAUACAACUGAAAGAUGCAGAAGCUGUAGAUGCAUUGUACCCUAUUUCUAUUCCUCCGCUUGAUCUUUACACUGUACCUCCAGAAAUCACUUCCACACCAGAUCUUGAAUUUGUACAGUGUAGGCGUGGCAGAGUAACAAAUCAGAGACACAAGCUGUUGAAAAACUGCUAUGUGACUGACUGCUUGGAUGGUGCACCCCCAAGGAAGAGAGUUGCAGUUAUCGAGGAAGUAGGAAUGGAUUCCACUCAAAGGGAAACACAAUCAGGAAUACCGAUAGCAGGUACUUCUGUGGAUGAAUCAAAUACUAGUAUAAUGGAUGUACAUGAAGUAGAAAAUGGAAUAGAAAAGUUAGAACUAGCAUCUGGACUGUCUGAGUUCAGCGAACAGUUAUCUUUUGACAUAAUCAAAAGCCAUAUGAGUGGUAGUGAAUCAGACAGCAAGGGGCAUAUAGAGCAGAAUAAUGACAAUUCUGCAAAUGGUAAUGCUAGUGAAAUACAAACAAUUGAUUUAAUUGGUGAUAAAGAUGUUGAUGUGACUUGUGAAAUAGAAGAGACAGAUAGUCAUGACUUUACCACUGUAGAUGAUAUGUCUACUGAUCAUGUAAACUUGGAUGUUCUUGCGACUUGUGAGUCUGACAGCAAGGGGCAUAUAGAGAGGAACACUGACAAUUCUGUAAAUGAUAAUGCUAGCGAAAUAGAAACAAUUGAUUUAACUGACGAUAAACUUGCAGAUAUUGCUGUAAUGCAAACUAAAUUUGAUCAUGUAAACUUGGAUGUUCUUGCGUCCUGUGAAAUAGAAGAUGAUAAACAACCGGUUUUAAAAGAAAAAUCAGGUCAGACAAGUAGUCAUGACCUUGCCACUCUCAGUGAUAUGACGUUGACUGAUCAACAAGUGAAUGCAGUUUCAUCAGCGAUUCAACCGACUGUGGUGGACAUUCUAUCAAAUAGUUCACCAGUAGCGCAUGAUCAAACUAUGGAUAUGACAGGAAUAGAUGACAUAUCAAUGCCAUGCAUAGAAUUGGAUGUUAGUGGAAUUGUUCCAACGAACUCCACAACUAGCAUGUCUAGUGACAUUAGUAGCACGAUGGCUAAUGACAACAUCAAAGUAGAGAAGGAAAAAGCUUCAAUAAAAUCGAAAUCUGCUGGUUCUGGUGACAAAGAUACUCCAAUGAAGAGAAAAGUUAGAGACGCUAAAUCCCCAAGAAAUCUCACAAAAGUCAAUGAAAAUGAUAAGAAUGUUCCGCUGCAACCAAGGAGUGCUUCUCGUACAUUGAAAAAUAUAGAUAAGCGACCCAUGCUCAGAAAGGGCUCUUUAGAUUCUGGUCGGAAUAGUCCGGUCACCAAGGAGACAGCUGACAACAAACCAAAAUCAAAAUAUACUCCGUCUAGUUGGAGGACAAGCAAACUCUCAUCUCCGACGAAACCUCCUUCACCCACAGAACCUAAAGACAGAGGAGGUGUGGUCUCACCAAGAAGGAGAACUGAGCUUCCAAUCUUGCCGCAGAAAUUGAAUUUUGCCACAGUGAAGAGUCGGAUUGACACUGGCCGGCGAUCAAGUUUGAAGAAGGCUGAGAAGGAUGGUGAUGAGCUAAACGAGUCAAGACUUGGUGAAGAUUCUGAAAGAAGAUCAAGCAUAUCAUCUAUUAAGAGCCUGAAAUCAGAGGAUGCUACAAUUACCUCAAAUAUACUAACUAAAAGUACCUCAGGUCAGAAACCAAGUAGUCAGAAAUCCAGUCAGCCAUCCAGCAAACCUGUGUUUGGUAGUAGAAUGGGUGAAAGAAGAGGUAGUUCAUCUAGCAUUACUUCUGACAUAUCAAUUAAAUCUGACAUAUCAAAGGGUUCAUUGUCAAGAAGGUCAUCAUUGCCUAAGCUCACCACUGGUGGUGCUGGUAAUAUCAUUCCACCUUCACCUAGGCUACAAAUGAGACGUAGCUCAGAGUUUGGUACAUCAUCUAGUGGUUCCAGACCAAGACCAACUAGUAGCUCAGCACGUUUACCAUUACCAUCACCAUCCCCCAGAAGGACUCCUUUGACAGAUCACAGUAGAGAGAAGAGCAGACCUUUAAAAGUGAAACCACCAUCAUCUACUGCAACACCUGCAUCCAGCAGUCAACCAGAUUUGCUAACAGCGACCAUUGCCGCUGAAAAUGUGUCAAAAGAAGUAGAGCGAUUAGAAGCCUUAUGUGAAGCUAGAACCAAAGAAUUAACAAUCAUGAAAUUGCAGUUGAAAAAUGGGCUUACUGGUUUUGAUGCCAUGAGCACAGUAGUAAAGUAUUUUGCACAACGGCUGGAAGUUUUGUCAAAUUUCCAUGAGAAACAGUUAUUGGAAUUUGAAGAGGAAAAAACAUCUAUAGUUCAACAGUUAGAUAAAAGAAUAGAUCAGUUGAUUAGCAAUGCUGACCAGCAAAAAUGUGAACACGAGGAACAGUUGAGGAGAUUAACUGAAACCUUGAAUGAUGAACACAACACUGAGGUGGAAUCUUUAAACCAGGAACUCACCAAAAGAAAUGUCAUUCUUGAAAAGUUAGAAGAACAAGUUGAACAAUUGAAGUGUGAAACAGAGCAACAAAAGUCUGAAAUGGAGGACAAAUUAAGAACACUAGAGGAGAAAUUGAAUGCAGAACACGCAACUGAAAUUGAAUCUAUCAAAGAAGAACUGGAAAAACGAUAUGAGGAGGAGAAGCAGACCCUAAAUGAGAUGCAAGAAGUUGCUCUUCAAAAAGCAAUGUCAGACUAUUCACAAAAUCUUCAGAAUAUCAAAGCACAGCAUAGGGAGGAGUUGUCAGAGAUGAGAAAGUUUAACACAGAAACACUCAAAGAGAAAGAUGAGAAAUAUACCAAAGAUAAUAGCAUAUUAAUAACUCAACACCAAGACGAAAUAGAAGAAAUUACCAAGGAAUAUACAACCAAAAUAAAAAAUAUUACGACUGAUUGUGAAAAGCAACUAUUUCCACUCAAGGAUGAGGUAGAAACGUUAACCUUUCAACUUGAAAACUAUAAGGAGAAAGUAAAGAUGUUAGAAGAAGCUUUACAAAAGGACAGUGAUAAGAAAGUACAGGUGGCAAUUGCACAAUUCAAAGAUUUACCUGCAGAAGUAGAAAGUUUGAAAUGUGUUAUAGAAUUGAAAAAUAAAGAAAUCCAUGAUCAACGCAAAACUACAAACACUAUGAAAAAAAGGCUUGAAAGGAUUCCUGAAAUGGAAGAAGAGAUUAAACGGCUAAAAGCUCAGACUGAAUCUUUGAUGGCUACAGUAGAUACAAAAUCUGCAUAUGAAAGACAAUUAUCAUCAGAACAUGUUGUCCUACGUGAGCAUAUUGAAAAAGAAUCCCAGAUGAACAAGCGUUUAUCCAUGGAGAAUGAAGAACUAUACUGGAAAUUACAAAACUCUGAUACAUCAUCACCUAUAUUAGGCAUGACGCCAAGUAGUACAAGGUCCACAUUAUCUCCAUCCCCCACUCAUCAUAGAGACUAUUCCAGGAGACCUAUGUCACGAUCUAGUUCAACAGAGAGCCAUGAAAGCGGUGUUUUCCCACUAUCAACAUCACAAUGACAUUAGUUGAUUGAAUUAGAUUCUUUGCACUGAUGUGUCUAAUGUAGAGAAGUGCAUUUUUGUGUA